AUGCGAAGAUGAAGUGUAUGCUCGGGGCCAUGGGAUGUAUCAUGUUUCAUAGAACAUUUCUGUAUACCUGAUAUUGCGAAGCUAGUCUUGAUCUCGGGCCUCUGCUUGAUAAUUUUGAUGUUCAUCACCCUCUUGUUCAAGCUUGGAAUCUGCCAAUGUGUAGUCAAAGGCAUGUGCAAAAUGUCUUGUGCAGCUUGUGCAAUGUACUGGUUAGCCAUUGGAGAGAUGAUUCGUUGCUUGUGGCACAGUUUGAGGAACACUAAACGUGUCUACCGCAGAAAACGUCUCCGUGACAUAGAAGCCGGGAGCUACGAUUACGCAAGCGACGUGGAGCCAAGUUCAUCGAACAGUCUCAGUCCCACACAGAAGAACAUUAGACCGAAGCGGGGAAGAAGAAGAAGACGAGGAAGCAAACAUAACCAGAAUCGUGGCAGCAACCGGCGCCUCACGAGGCUACGGAGUAGACAAAUGUCUGUGCGAGUACAAGGCAUUUCGAGAAGAGUAAAAAGUGCUAGAAAGAUGAAAUCUAGUAGAGUGAGAGUUAAGAAGAUCCUUAAAGUCAAACAUGUAGUUGAUUAA